AUGAAGGUUCUGGUACUCUUUGCGCUGCUUGCAGCCGCCAAUUGUGAGAAGGUCUUCAUUGGAGACCAGGUCAUCAGGGUCAAUGUGGAGUCUGAGGAGCAGAUUCUGCUUCUGCGUGCUCUGGAGCAAGACACAUACUGGGAUCUGGACUUUUGGCUCCACCCUGUGAACACUGAGGUCCCUGUGGACAUCCGCGUGCCCUACUCCAGCCUGUACGCUGUCAAGGACUACCUCCAUGCCCAUAACAUCCAGUUCUCUGUCAUGAUCAGCAACCUGCAGGAACUCCUGGAUGAGGAAAAGGCAGAGAUGGAGGAGAACAAUAUGAGGGAGCGCAGCUCCAAGAGCUUCAACUUUGGAGCCUAUCACCCUCUGGAGACGAUCUACAGCUGGAUGGAUGGCCUGGUGGCUGCUCACCCUAACCUAGUCACCAAGGAACAGAUCGGAACCUCCUAUGAAGGCAGGCCCAUGUAUGUCCUGAAGUUCAGCACGGGUGGCGACAAGCGUCCUGCCAUCUGGGUUGACUCUGGGAUCCACUCCAGAGAGUGGGUGUCUCAGGCCACUGGAGUGUGGACCGCCAACAAGAUUGCCAGUGACUAUGGUACUGAUGCUUCCCUGACCUCCCUCCUGAAAACCAUGGACAUCUACCUGCUGAUUCUAGCCAACCCUGAUGGAUACGUCCACAGCCACACCAUAUUGCGUCCUCAUGGUUCACAGGACCGUAUGUGGCGCAAGACUCGCUCCAAGAACCCUGGCUCCAUGUGCCGUGGCGUCGACCCCAACAGGAACUGGGAUGCUGGUUUUGGAGGCCCCGGUGCUAGUACCAACCCCUGCUCUGACUCGUACCACGGCCCGUCUCCCCACUCUGAGAUAGAGGUGAAGAACGUUGUGAACCUGGUAAAGAACCACGGCAACUUCAAGUCCUUCAUCUCCAUCCACGCCUACUCCCAGCUGCUCAUGUACCCCUACGGAUACACCUGCAAAGAUGCGCUCCACGCGGCUGAACUGGACUCUGUGGGCAGGUCUGCAGUCCAGAAGCUCAGCUCUCUCCAUGGAACCACAUUUAAGGUUGGCAGCAUCUGCAAGAUCAUCUACCAAGCCAGCGGAGGCAGCAUCGAUUGGUCCUACAACCUGGGCAUCAAGUACUCCUUUGCCUUUGAGCUGAGGGACACCGGUCGCUAUGGUUUCAUCCUGCCAGCCAAUCAGAUCAUCCCCACUGCCUCUGAGACCUGGCUGGCCCUGAAGGACAUCAUGGAGUAUGUCCAUGACCACUCCUAUUAAGUCUCAAACCCACCCAACACACAA